UUUUGUGAUUUCUUCUGUGACAGUGUCUGUAUAUUGCAGUUGAUACAUUACAGCUGAUGAAGUCCCUCACCUGAUAUUGUAACCCUUGUUUAAGAGGGUAACUUGACUAGCAGGAGGAACCAGGAAGUAAAAGCUGCAUCUCCUGAGGCCUGCCGGUUACUUCUAGCUUGAAGAAAGUGACACUGGUUCAAAAUGAGUGCAAUGUUGGAAACCCCUGAACUGCCGGCAGUGUUUGAUGGGGUGAAGCUGGCUGCAGUUGCUGCUGUUCUCUAUGUUAUUGUUCGCUGCCUGAACUUAAAGAGCCCAACUGCCCCUCCUGAUCUCAUUUACCAGGACUCUGCUUUGUCCCGCUUUCUGCUCAAAUCCUGCCCACUUUUGACCAAAGAGUACAUUCCACCCCUGAUCUGGGAAAAGAGUGGACAUAUCCAGACUGCCCUUUAUGGGAAGAUGGGAAGAGUGAGAUCACCACAUCCAUAUGGACUUCGCAAGUACCUCACAAUGCCAGAUGGAGCAACUGCAACCUUUGAUCUCUUUGAGCCACGAUCUGAGCACUGCAUUGGAGAGGAUGUCACAAUGGUAAUCUGCCCUGGGAUCGCUAACCAUAGCGAAAAGCAGUAUAUCCGCACUUUUGUUGACUAUGCGCAAAAAAAUGGUUACAGAUGUGCUGUCCUGAAUCACUUGGGAGCCCUGCCAAAUAUUGAGCUGACUUCUCCACGGAUGUUCACAUAUGGUUGCACCUGGGAAUUUGGUGCUAUGGUUAAUUACAUCAAGAAGACCUACCCUCAGACCCAGUUGGCUGUAGUAGGCUUCAGCCUAGGUGGAAAUAUUGUGUGCAAAUACCUUGGAGAGACCCAGGCCAACCAGGAGAGAGUCCUGUGCUGUGUCAGUGUGUGCCAAGGGUAUAGUGCACUGAGGGCGCAGGAAACCUUCAUGCAAUGGGAUCAAUGUAGAAGAUUUUAUAACUUCCUCAUGGCAGACAACAUGAAAAAGAUCAUCCUUUCUCACAGGCAAGUUCUAUUUGGAGAUAACAUGAAGAAGCCACAAAGCCUGUCAGAUGCAGAUCUGAGUAAACUCUACACAGCAACAUCCCUCAUGCAAAUUGAUGAUAAUGUCAUGAGGAAGUUCCAUGGCUACAGUUCCCUGAAGGAAUACUAUGAAGAAGAAAGCUGCCUACAGUACUUGCACAGGAUCUAUGUUCCUCUCCUGUUGGUUAAUGCUGCUGAUGACCCUCUGGUGCAUGAGAGUCUUCUAUCGAUUCCAAGAGCUCUUUCAGAGAAACGGGAAAAUGUCAUGCAUGUGCUGCCCCUCCAUGGAGGCCACCUGGGCUUUUUUGAGGGGUCUGUGCUCUUCCCAGAACCUCUUACUUGGAUGGAUAAGCUCGUGGUGCAGUAUGCCAAUGCCAUCUGCCAGUGGGAGAAGACAAAGUCUCACUGCUCAGACACAGAGCAGGCUGUAUCUGGCCAGGAGUAACUGACCCAAAGACUCUGGAUCACUUCAGUAUAUCUCCCCCUGUGGGAACUCCUUGUUCCUCACCCGCUGCUUCAGGUUUCCAUUCCCCUUGAUAUCCUAGGGUUGGGGUUUGAUCACAUGUUUCCUUCUGAAAAGUGGUGUUACAGCAGAGGUUAAUAUCUGGUCAGAGAAUCUUUGCGUAUGUAGUCAUUUGGGCUUGUAACUUAUUGUUCUGCUUGAAUUGGGUUGCUGACUGUGGCCUGUUACAGGGUUGUUGAGCUCAAGAGCUUGUUUUAACUAUAUCAGGAGUUUAAAAUGUCAAAUCCCUUCACCAGCUGGUCAAACUUCAUCUUCAGCAUUUAUUUAGGUGUAGAUGACAGGGCAAUUAAGCUUUCUUUGUUCUGCUCUGUCCCAGUGCUGGAAAAACCUUGUACCAAGCCAUAGCCAGUGGUUUGGUCUAGUAUGUGGCCUACAAAAACAGAUGCCUGACUGCAAGUGGAGUUCCAGCCUUGCACCAUUUCAAGGGGGUCUCCUACUUCCUAGGAAUGCACUUCCAAAAGUCAAUGGUUGAAAAAUACUUAGCUCUUCCGUGCUUCUGCUAUCUCUGGUUUGGGAUGUUUUUAUGCUGGGACUCCAGGUAGAGAAAAGCUACAGGUUGGUCAUACCAGUUAAUACUCUUCUAUGUAAACAUGUUCUCAUACCAAGACCAGAUCCUUCUUGUCACCUUCUUGUCAUAUUUGCCUCUUUUUAAAUGUAGUUGUAUUUUUAGUACUGGAUUUGUUUGACCCAGGGCUUUGUAAAGCUGGCUCUGCCUUCCAAAUGGAAAUCGGUGAUUAUGAAUCUGCAGGAUCUUUCUGUGGGUCAAACUGUUUUUUAAAGUAUUUAGUAGAGAAUUGAUGUACACUAUUAGGGACUGGUUUAUAGGGGAGGAAUGUAUUUUUCCUUGACUUCCUGUUAUGCCAGGUCUGUAUCAAAAUUCUUCUGCUUAACUUUUCAGAGCAUUGAAUGGUUUUCCAUCACAUGAUUUGCUCUAUUCGAUGGGAACUGGAUGGCUCUAGCCCUGUGCAACUGAAGUAGCACCUUCAUAUUUAUGUAAAUGCUGUAGGAUUACUGGCUCC